AUACUGGGGCCAGGCUACCCUGGCCAGGCUAGAGGUCUAGCUUUCCAGUCAACAUGAAGGUUCUCCUCAUUCUGGGGCUUGUCCUGCUUUCUGUCACUGUCCAGGGCAAGGUGUUUGAAAGGUGCGAGCUGGCCAGAACUCUAAAAAGACUUGGAAUGGAUGGCUACAAGGGAGUCAGCCUGGCCAACUGGAUGUGUUUGGCCAAAUGGGAAAGUAGCUACAACACACGAGCUACAAACUACAAUCCUGGAAGCCAAAGCACUGAUUACGGGAUAUUUCAGAUCAACAGCCGCUACUGGUGUAAUGAUGGCAAAACCCCGCGAGCAGUUAACGCCUGUGGUAUAUCCUGCAAUGCUUUGCUGCAAGAUGACAUCACUCAAGCUGUAUCAUGUGCAAAGAGGGUUGUCAGGGAUCCACAAGGCAUCAGAGCCUGGGUGGCAUGGAGAAAUCAUUGCCAGAACCAAGACCUCACUUCGUAUAUUCAGGGUUGUGGAGUGUAACUGGAACUGUCCUUCUGCAGCUCAUUUUGUCUCUUUUUUGUAUUAAGAGAGUAGUUAAGUGAAAGUUCCCAUUACUGUCCUUUCAAACAAAUCAUGUUUUUAUAGAAGCAGGAGCAAAAUGCAGUCUUUCUUCUAAGAGGCUAAUGUUUUCCAAUGUGGUUAUUAUGGGGUAGUAAGCCUACAAUAUAUCUUGGUUUGCUAAUAGAACUAAUGCUGGUGAAUAUUUAUCCAAAAUCUUGAUUAUCAAAUACCUCUCCAGUAUAUUCAGUUCUUAAUCAGAGAAAUAACCCAGACUUCAUCUUGAAUGUUACAGGUAUGCCUCAAUAUUUGAUAAAUAUGUAGCCAAAGACUGUCCUAAAACACACUGAUCUUAGGCAAAAUCUCAGUUGUGUAGGCAUUUGAUGUUUUCAUCUGUUUGGUCGCCUCCCGAAACAGCAAAAGAUAAAUAACCAUUCUUUGUUGGGCAAUAUACAAUUUACAAAGAGCAGAGUGCCAAAUGCCUCAAAAUGAAGACAGCCUGAAUCAAGAGUUUUGUUUUCAUAAAGCAUGACCUUUGGUUUAAAUGUUUUCUUAGGAAUGUUGCUUUUAUACAGCUUUAAAAAUGAACUCAAUUUAUAUAUCCAUCUAUUUUAGCCCUUUAGAGUAUGCAUCUUUAUGCAUACUCUUUUAUGCAUCUUGCUAAUCAUGAAGGAAUUUGAAGAAGGAUUAGAUGUACUGCUCCUGUUUCUUAAUUUUACAAGCUUAGAUUCAAGCAUUAUGACUAAACUGGAGGCAGAUGAGUUUGCAAGCAUUUAAGUAAUUGCUAAUCAACCACCAGAGUGAGAUUAUCAUGUAAAAAAACCAUUAUCAAUAAAGUCUUUGCAACUCA